CGACGGCGCAGGAUUCCUCAACGCGUUGGAGAAGGCCCGUGAGACGCUGCCGCCGCCCUUGAAGAACCAGCCGGUCCUGCCCAUCAACGUGGUGGCGUUCGACUACGAGCUCGAGGGCGACCAGGCUGGUUUGGCCCUUCUCAACCGCCUGGCGGGGCCUGACGGCCUGUCCUCCAUCGACACUUCGGCGCAGGAUCUGCUCGCUCUGGACAAGAUGCUCAAGUCCGUGCAGACCAAGAAGAAGCAGCUGGACAAGCUGAACAAGAAGCUCGACAAGAUGGAGGACCUGUCCGAGCAGGUGGCCGAGAUGCGCCAGCUGUUCCAGAUGCAGAUCUCGCUGCAGCGGAUGCUCGAGAGCGACCUCGAGAUGCUGGACUUCGCGCUGAAGAGGGAGGAGCCGGUCACCGUGCCAGAGAUCUGAUGCCUUUCGACAGGGCUCGCGGCGCCUCGCCAACAGAAAGAGACGGUGGCGAGGCGCCGCUCGGCGCGGGCGCUGCCGUGACUGGCGCCAAAUCUUGGGCUCCCCAACUGUCAGCCUUCCUCGUUCGUGCCCCGCCCCCCCGCCUGCGUCCUUGCCUCCCAUGCCUCUCUGUCUCCCUGCGUAACUUCCCCUCCCA